UACAACAGCAGCUCGCUUUUAAACCUCACUUUCUCCCUCUGGCGAGUGAAAUCAUUCAGCCAUUUUUCUUUCCUUUACCGCACUUCAGACUCCUUCCCCUUCUCUCUCUCUGUGUGUGUGUGUGUGCCUCUGCAAACUGCUCCAUUCCAGCUCCAAGGAUCUCGUGUGGAGUUUCGCGCGGACUAUAAACCGAGCCGUGUAACAAGAGUAACUAAACCAGACCAUGGCCUUCCUGGGGACCGCAGUUCGGCGGAUGGUGUUGACCGUGCGUCCCCCUGUCUCUCCUCUGUGCCGGACAAGUGCUCGCUCGUACAGCUCGACGCCCACCCAGGAAAAAAAUGUUCCCUACGAGAAAACGCUCAAACAGGAAGAUGGCGUUUCCUCUGGACCCACGAAACCUUUGCCCAGGUCAGCAGACGCGGUGGUGAUCGGAGGAGGAAGUCUCGGCUGUCAGACCGUCUAUCACCUGGCUAAAAUGGGUAUGACCAACGUGGUGCUGCUGGAGAGAGACAGACUGACCGCCGGCACCACCUGGCACACUGCAGGUUUGCUGUGGCAGCUCCGUCCCAGUGAUGUCGAGGUGGAGCUCCUGGCCCACACCAGGAACGUGAUCAGUAAAGACUUGGAGGAGGAGACCGGUCUCCACACAGGCUGGAUCGAGAACGGAGGACUCUUCAUCGCUUCCAACAAACAGAGACUGGACGAGUACAAGCGCCUCAUGUCGCUGGGUAAAGUCUACGGCAUCGAGUCCCACGUGCUGUCACCUGCGGAGACAAAGGACUUGUAUCCUCUGAUGAACGUCGACGAUCUGUACGGAACGCUGUACGUGCCGAAAGACGGCACCAUGGACCCGGCCGGCACCUGCACCACGCUGGCCAGAGCUGCGUCUGCCAGGGGAGCCACGGUGAUCGAGAACUGCCCUGUGACUGGCAUUAACGUACGCACGGACGACCUGGGCGUGAAGAGGGUGAAGGCAGUGGAGACUCCACACGGGACGAUUGAAACGGCGUGCGUGGUGAACUGUGCAGGUGUGUGGGCCACCAAGCUGGGGGAAAUGGCUGGAGUCAAGGUGCCGCUCAUAGCGAUGCAUCAUGCCUAUGUAGUGACCGAGAGGAUUGACGGCAUUCAGAACAUGCCUAAUGUCAGGGACCAUGAUGCAUCAGUGUACCUGCGGCUCCAAGGUGACGCCCUGUCUGUCGGUGGCUAUGAACAAAACCCCGUCUUCUGGGACGAGGUAUCUGAUAAGUUUGCCUUCAGCUUGUUUGACCUGGACUGGGAUGUAUUCACGCAACAUAUCGAGGGAGCGAUCAACAGAGUCCCCAAACUGGAGCAGACUGGCAUCAAGUCUACAGUCUGUGGACCAGAAUCAUUCACAGCAGACCAUAAACCGCUGAUGGGAGAAGCACCGGAGGUCCGAGGUUUCUUCCUGGGAUGUGGCUUCAACAGUGCUGGUAUGAUGCUGGGAGGAGGCUGUGGUAAAGAGCUGGCUCACUGGAUCAUACACGGCCGCCCUGAAAAGGACAUGUAUGGCUACGACAUCAGGCGUUUCCAUAACUCGCUGACGGACAACGAUCGCUGGAUCAGAGAGAGGAGCCACGAGUCGUAUGCCAAAAACUACUCUGUGGUUUUCCCCUUUGAUGAGCCGCUGGCCAGUCGGAACAUGAGGAAGGACCCCUUCCAUCAGGUGCUGACAGAGCAGGGCUGUGUGUUCCAGGAGAGACAUGGCUGGGAGAGACCGGGCUGGUUCAACAAAGAAGGGCCUGCUCCUGUUAAAGACUAUGAUUACUACGGCGCUUAUGACGUUGAGAGGAACGUGAACUACAAAUACAACGAGCUGCUCGGGAAGGAGUACACCUUUGACUUUCCUCCACAUCAUGACGUGAUUAAGAGCGAGUGCCUCUCAUGUAGACACGGCGUGGCUGUGUUUGACAUGUCCUACUUUGGAAAGUUUUAUCUCACCGGACCAGAUGCCAAGAAGGCGGCCGAUUGGCUGUUCACUGCUGAUGUCAACAAGAAACCAGGCUCUACUGUCUACACCUGCAUGCUGAAUAAAAGAGGAGGAGCAGAAGCUGACCUGACGGUGAGCAGACUCGAGCCCGGUGCUUCCAACCUGCCCUUAGCACCCGAAUCCAAUGGUGACGCAUACUACCUGGCGAUUGGUGGUGGCGUAGCAGAGCACAACUGGAACCACAUUAGAACAGUUCUUCAGGACCAAGGUUUCCAGUGUCAGCUGGUUGACCAUUCUGAGGACAUGGGGAUGAUCAGCAUCCAGGGGCCAAAGAGUCGAGAGGUUCUUCAGGAAGUGCUGGACACGGACCUCAGCAACGACAACUUUCCUUUCUCGACACACAAAGUCGUCAACGCGGCGGGACACCAGGUGCGAGCGAUGCGUCUGUCGUUUGUUGGAGAGCUCGGCUGGGAGCUGCACAUUCCCAAAGACUCUUGCCUCCCGGUCUACCGUGCUGUCAUGGCUGCUGGCGCCAAGCACGGCAUCAUCAACUCAGGCUACAGGGCCAUCGACUCACUCAGCAUAGAGAAAGGGUACAGACACUGGCACGCCGACCUUCGCCCCGAUGACACACCCUUGGAGGCGGGGCUCGCCUUCACCUGCAAAAUGAAGAGUUCCAUCCCGUUCCAGGGACGCGAAAGGCUGGAGAAGCAGAAGGAGGAGGGCCUGAGGAGACGCAUCGUCUGCUUCACCAUCAACGAGAAAGUGCCAAUGUUCGGACUGGAGGCCAUUUUCCGGAACGGAGUUCCCGUCGGUCAGCUGCGUCGCUCUGACUACGGCUUCUUUAUCGACAAAACUAUCGGUUAUGGAUAUAUCCGUCACCCUGAAGGAGGAGUGGUGAGUCCCGAUUUCAUUAGGAGCGGCGAGUUUACCCUGGAGAGGAUGGGUGUGACGUACAAGGCCAAGGCCCACCUCAAAACUCCGUUCGACCCCGAGAACAAACGAGUGAAGGGCAUCUACACUUGAGGACGACAAAUGUAAAAACGGCUGAGAGAGUAACAACUGAUUUUUUCUUUUUCUUUUCUUUUUUAAUUUUAAAAAGGUCUGAAGGUUUUUUGUCAAGAGUCGGCUAUAGACGUCGUUCUCAGCAUUUCAAUCUAAAUAUGUCCUAUGGCGAACACCACUCAACUGAGUGUUAUUAUAAUGAUACAUGGUAAAUUCAAGAAUCCCUAAUGCAGACCAUGUUUACACUGCGGGUGUGAUCACACCUCGAGCUGCCGUCCGGUGUAACUUUGGCUGUUUACAGACACCAAAUCAUGGGAAAAUGAAUCAGGAUCAUUUCACAGUUUUGCCAUAUGAAGAAGACGGCAGCAUGGAUACUUUCAGGGGCGAUUCGAGCAAGUGUCAGCGCUGUAUUCUUUCUGGAUUCUGACUUUCAGUGCGUGUGUGGAAGCAGCUUUAGUUUCAUAUAUAUAUGUAAUAAUUUAAUAAGAAAUAACGGCGUCCCAUCUUAAAUGAAUGAUGUAGUUUCUCAGAAUGGUGACAAAAACUGUGUCAAAAUAGUGACUCGCUUGUCUUAAUAAAUAACUUAGCGUCUCUUGGUAAGAUUGAGAUAUAAAUGAUUUUACUUUACACACGAUACAUCAGUGUGUACAUUAAUGCUCCAAAGCCUGGCUCUUACAUUAGCAGUGAUUUAAAGCAAACAUUUCUCAUUGUAAUGAUUUUCAGGCUGUUUUUCUAUGACGUUGGCAGCGAUGGUGUUCCUGUAUUCAACACUACACGUGUGUGUAAAUAUAUAAAUAAAUUCUCCAUUAGUC